AGGGAAGGAGAGGAGGGAAAACAGAAAAGACAAAAAAAAAGAAAAAAAAAAAAGAAUGGCUUUCCAUUGAUAUACGCCACCUCAUUGAGUACAGAUUGCCAGAAACAAGAACACUCUUUUCUCUCUCUUUCUCGAGCCCCUACCGUAACCUUCUUACCCACCAAUGGUUUCGACCUGGCCUUUAUUCUGUCAUCUCUCUCUCUCUCUCUCUCUCCAAAUGCACUACUAGUUUAGUUUUUAGUCUUUUUUUUUGGGUAAAACUUAGUCUGUAAUGGAACAUUAGGAUAUAAAGUCUGCACUAGAACCUCUACUUAGUGUCCUGUUUUAGCAGAAAAUAGGUUCUCUUUCUUGUGUUUUUCAAUUUUUUUUUUUAAGCUGAAAGUCGUCUUUUUGAAGUUAGAAUAGUGGAAUACUCUUCAGCUACAGCAUAUAAUCUUUAAACUCUCUCUCUCUCUCUCUCUCUCUCUCUCUCUCUCUCUCUCUGAGCAACGAUUCCACUAACGGAUGAAACGGUUUUCAGCUCUCCAGAGAAGAAGCUACUUUUUCUCCGGUAGAAAUUCCAGCUUUUUAUUUUUUAUUUUUUUUAUUUACCAAAAGAUGACAUGGGUUUGCUCUAGAGCUUCUCCAAAAGCAACAUUUUCUACACUAUUUCUCUAAAAACCCCAGUUCAAACAAACAAAAACACCAUAUUUGGACAAAGCCCCACCUCCUUUUUUGUUUUAUCACAAAAGAAGAAUACACAGAUUCCUCCAAAAUACCACCUUUCUUGCUUAUAUUAUUCCCCAUUUUCUAAAAGCAGCCUUCAAAAGAAAAAAGAAAAAAAAAACUCCAACUUUAGAAGGAGAAGAGAUGGGUUGUGUAGCUUCUAAGCUAGAGGAAGAAGAAGAAGUAGUAUCAAUCUGCAGAGAGAGGAAAAGGCAGCUAAAGUUAGCAGUUGAAAGAAGAUAUGCUCUUGCAGAGGCACAUUGGAGGUAUUAUCAAGCUCUAUAUGCAGUAGCUGCAUCAAUAAAGCUCUUUGUUGCUCGCCAUUCUUCGCCUCCUUCACCUUUCCUCAUCACUUUCCCUCCACCUUGCCCUCCUUCUCCACCGUCCACUGGAACUAUAAUAAACAACCCCAUGUUCCUCCAGCAAAGACCCUCUGAGUCUACCCACGAAGCCAUUCAAUGUGGUUCUUGUGCUGCUUCAGCCUCUUCUUCAGAUUCCUCUGAGGAAGAGGAGGAAGAGAGAGAAGAAGAAGAAGAAGAAGAAGAACGACAACAACAACAACAACAACAACAUCAACUACUACAACAACGACAAACAGUGGAGAGAGAUGAGCAAGGCUGUGGGUAUUUUUAUAUGCAAAUGCCAGUUAUGCCACCCCCUUUAAUGUCUUCACCACAAAGAGAUUUUGGGUGGGAUUUCUUUAACCCAUUUGACAAUGUGAGACCUGAGGUUAUCAGCGGCUAUCGCCGGAGCUCCGACGAUGAUUUGAGGGUGGUGAGGGAAGAGGAAGGGAUUCCUGAGCUAGAAGAGGAAGGAGACAGAGAAGAGCAUGAAGAGAAGGUUGUUAUGGUUGAAGAAAAAUGUGAGAAGAAAGAGCAUGAAAAUAAUGGAGGUGAAGUGGUUAAGGUAGAAGCUGAUAAUGUGAACAACCUGGUAGAGCACAAGGGGCUCACGGUGAUUGAUACACCAGAGGAAGGGAGGGAACUUUUGGAAGCUUUGAGGGAUAUUGAGGACCUUUUUUACAGAGCUUAUAAUUCUGGAAAGGAUGUUUCCAGGAUGUUAGAGGCUAAUAUGAUGCAGAUGCAGUCUGGUCUGGAGGGAAUAAAAGAUUCCAAAACUAAGUUAAGAUUGGUGCAUUGGGUAAUUCGAGGAGGAGGCCCAUUUCUUUCCUCAAAAGAGAACUCGACAAAACUCAUCCAAUCUUUAGCAUGGCAUCGCUCCAUUUCAUCUAAACCAUCAUCAUGUAAGAGUCUCGUAGCAUCAAGCUCAAAGAGUUGUUCAACGUGGAAAGAAUUUACAAAUGAUCUUUUUGAUGAUUAUGGAGGAAUGGAUUCAGGAAGCCACUCACUUACACUAGGAAGAUUAUAUGUCUGGGAAAAGAAACUCUAUGAAGAGGUUAAGGCUGGAGACAGUACACGGAAACUUUACGAGAAAAAAUGUUCACGAUUGAGAAGCCAAGAUAUCAGAGGAGAUGAUGCAAACGCCAUGGACAAAACUAGGGCUGCAGUAAAAGACCUGUAUGCCAGGAUCUUGAUCGCAAUCCGUAGUGCUGAGUCAAUCUCCAAGAGAAUUCAGAAACUUCGAGAUGAAGAACUGCAACCUCAAAUUGUUGAACUGUUAAAAGGGUUAACACGGACAUGGAAGGUUAUGUUGGAGUCACACGAAACCCAGACUAAGAUUCUCUUUGAAGUAAAAACUUUCACCUGCCCCACAUUUGGAAAAUUCUGCAAUGACUCUCACAGGCUUGCUACGCUUCAACUUCAGGCCGAGCUUCGUAAUUGGCGUGCCUGCUUUAUAGAGUAUGUUGCAGCCCAAAAAGCUUAUGUUGAAGCUCUUUAUGGUUGGCUAACCAAGUUCAUAUUCCCUGAAGUUGAAAUCUACUCUAGAGGCAAGGGUUCAGCUAUUCCAUACCAUGCCAACGGUCCCCCAUUGCUUGUGAUUUGUCAUGAUUGGUUAGCUUCGAUGGAGAAACUACCGGAAAAUGCAGUAUCCAUUGCAUUGAAAAGCUUUGCAAAGGAUGUAAAAGCUCUGUGGGAUCAGCAAGGAGAGGAACAGCAACAAAAAAGGAAAGUUGAUUGUCUAGCAAAAGAACUUGAAAGAAGAAUUCCGGCAUUCCAGAAGACAGGGAGCCAGUUUCUCGAGUUGAAGCUUACGGAUCAUAAAUCAGUGUCAGAUGUGGAACAUCAGAACGAUUACUUGACGGAGAAGAAGGAUCAGUUGGAUAUGUUCAGGACAAAGCUGGAUGUAGAAAAGGAAAAACACCAUAAUUACAUGCAAGAAACUCAAAGGAUCACAUUAGGUGGAUUCCAAACUGGGUUUUAUACAGUUUUUGAGUCGUUAGUAGAGUUCUCCAAGGCUUCUCAGAAAAUGUACAAUGACCUUGUGACUUACAGUGAGAGUGCUGGGAAAAUAUCAUACAUAGAGGGCACCAAGGUCGAACAAAAUAGCGGCAGAUGACAAAGUCACAAAAUCUUUGGGGAUUUGCGUUCAUGGAUUAUCUGGUUGAUUUGUAUAUAUUGUGUCAAAGCAGCUCGCUGAGACACAUAUUUAAACUUUUAGAAUGUUGUUGUGUAUUAAUGAAUUGCUAAUUGUUACCAUGGAUGAUUAUGGUUUUCUAAGAUUGUAAGACCUGUAAAUUUUCUGUUUUGUGGGGUUGGGAACAGUAGCAUGGGAUUUCCAGUUAAGUGGUAGGAUAUUUUAUUUUUAUUUAAUUAUUUCCUGGAACCAGGAAAAUCUCAAUUAAGUGCUUUAAUCCUAUUGAACCUUGACUUGUUCAAGAUUAAUGUUUGUAAAUUGUACUUUGUGCUUGA